AAAUAACGUAUUUCAGUGGAAUGCUUUGAUUUGAAUUAAGUAGUAGCAAAUAAAUCAAUUAUAACAAACAGGUGUUUUUCAAUACGCUAUAAAAGCAAGAUGUUUAGCUACGUGGAGUCAGUUUACAUUCGAAAUUAAGUGAUAUUGCAAAGAAUGGAAGGGCUUCGACGGAUGAUUUUGGUAACUCUUCUAUUUGGAAUAUUUAAUGUUGUUCAUUGCGCAGAAGUCUUGAGCCCCGAAAAUGACAUUUGCAGACUUUUUAAAGAUGGCGUCAUAUUGCGUAAACCAGGAUUUUGUAAUAUGGGCGUAAAGUGUCAAGGAUUUAAGAGCACUGAAUUUAAAGAUUGCAAGCAACAGUUUUAUAACCGAAAUUCUGGAAAAUGUGAAAAAAGUUCUGCCGACAAAUACUGUAAGUCACCAUGUUCUGCUGAAUCACAGGGGUUUAUCAAGGACGGCAAAAACUGUCAAGGCUGGUAUAAAUGCGAAAAAACUAAGACGAUUAGCUUUGGUGUCUGUGUGGCCAAUCUGGUGUUUAAUACUGAUGACAUCAAGUGCGAUUAUCCCGAGAAUUUUGUUUGUGAAGAAAACACAUUCGACUUUUGUGAUGUAGUGCCUGAUGGAACGCCAUUUUUAGACGAGACUAACUGCGGUACCUACAACGAAUGUGUGAAAGGCAAACUUGUUGUAAAAGAUUGCGAUACUGGCAAAUUCUUUGAUGUUAAAACGGGAACUUGUAUUCCAAAGCGUGAUGUUAAGUGUGAAAAAUAUCCUUAUCCUAAAGAUGUGUGCGGUAAUCAAAAACUUGCGAUAAGAAAUCGCUUUGUCAGUGAUAACGCCUCCUGUCGUGGUUAUUUUUUCUGUAAAGAUCAAGGUAUUGGCCAACCAGAUAAAUCACCGCGUUGGGGGCAGUGCCCGGUAGCAACAUUUUUCGAUCCGAAAGAAGAGGCCUGUUUGCCUCGGACAUAUGUGCGAUGCACCGAAGAUCGGUGCGACGGUCGAAAAGAUGGUUAUGAGUUAAGUUCCAAAUCUGGCUGUCAGCAUUACCUUAAAUGUAAAGACAACCGUACCGUAGAAGAGCUUUAUUGUGGAAAUAAUAAUUGGUUCAAUGCAGAAAAAAAUAUAUGCAUCACAACUGCUACAUCGUAUCCAGUUUGUGCUAAAUUCUAUACUCUCGCAUAAACGACUAGACUUAAUGCGUUAAAUGUAUAUACAUUUCCAAUUUCUCUGCUAGCUAUCUUUGGGCGCUGCUCUCUUGUCAAAAAUAUUACAUAUCAAUGACCAACUUUUGUUUUACACAUUUUAGUUCAUUCACUCUGGUAAAAAUGGUUCAAAACAAUUUAUUGUUAAAAAGGACAAUACAAAUACAUUUUAACGGAUAUUAACUUGAAAUUAAUUAUAAUUGUUUUAAUGAAACUUAAGGUAUGAAUGCUGCUUGAAACUAGUAUAACACUAUUGCGCAUGCGUAAGAGGACAUGUUAGUGCAGGGUUGUUGCUUGAAUAUCUGUGUAGUUUGUUCCUUCAAGUGUGGAAUAAUAGAAAAUAUUUCUUGUUUUAAUAAUAUUUUCCUUAAUUCAAAACUGAUCUACUGUUCUAGUAUGACCAUGAAAUUGAUUUGGCGAACAGAUUGAGUUAAAUUAAAAUUACAAUUGUAAAACGGUUGAUAUCAAUACUAUCAUUAAUAAACAUAUACAUAAAUAUUAUUAUUAGCAAUUAAUAUAAAAAACUCGAAUAGAUCUGAAGAUUAUUUAGCGAGAAAAUUUCCUCAACAGUUCCACAGUUUUAUUAUUUCAUAUAUGUAUGUCUAUUUUUAGGCGCUAAAGAAAAGUUUGUGUGGUAAAUGUUUAAUAUUUUGUGUGUAUGAACAUAAUACUUUAGUAUUUAUACUACAUGCUAUUUAUAUUAUCUGGUAUAAUACUUGAAGCUGGGUUAACCAUUUGUAUGAAAUAUAUCUAAGGCGGGCAAUUGAUAGAGCUUAGAUAAGAGAAAAGUAUAUAGCUCUAUAAAAAGGCUAAUCGAUUUACAUAUACUACUUAUAGGAUCCCAGCCGUUAGGUGUACUGCCUUGAUUGACGACACUUAAUGGUGCUCCAAUAGUAGUGUUCAACCAGCCUUUAUAGUUAUCAAGUUGAUCGGCAUCAGUAUCAGUCUCGCCAAAAUGUUAGAACUAGUUGUUCUAACUAACAUAACUACUAAAGUUAGACGGCAAUUAUGUACAGAUAUCCAUUUGUCUUUCAAAGCAAUCUACCUAGGACACGAUCUCAAUUGAAAGACAACGAAAAACUAAUAUUGAGUAUAUAUUGCAUACUAUACUUGCAAGAGAAUUAUCAACAGAAUUUCCUGUAUAAACUGAAUAAUAUUAACACAUUGAGCAUGGCAUGGAUUUGUUUAAAAGAGGCAGUGUUGGAACAGCUUUUAAGAUGAUAGGGAGGACAAUGACUAUGUCGUUCUUAUACAAAUUUUAUACCUGGUAAAGGAAAAUUAGUAUAAUGAAACACAAAAAAAUAUAUAUUGAAUUGAAAAUGAUAUAAUUGUAAUUAUUUAUAUACUUAUUGAAAAUAAAUACACAAUGUAUUUAUAUAUGCAUGUAUAUAAAUAUUUUGAAAAUACCAGAUAAAAACCCUUUUGAAGUAUGUGACGAUACAUAUAUAAUUUUUAGUAUACAUUUUUAGUAUAGUGACUACACAUUUUCUUUGGAGUUUUUUGUAUUGGUUUGUUCUCCUUUGGUUCCUCACUCACUCACUCUCCAGUGUUUGCUCCUUCUCCGGGUUGUUGUGGAGGAGUCUCGUUUCCUCCAUUUCCGGGUUGUUGUGGAGGAGUCUCGUUUCCUCCAUCUCCGGGUUGUUGUGGGGGAGUCUCGUUUCCUCCAUCUCCGGGUUGUUGUGGGGGUGUCUCGUUUC